AUGGUCCAUGUGCUGCUCACAGUGUCUUGGAUCGGCGCCGGGCAGGAUGGCCUGUGUGGGGGUCUGAGCCCUCUGUGCCUCCCAGGGCAGUACCUGUCCCUGGAGCAGGUGCGGGACUUGGUGCAGCCAUCCCCAGCCACGCUGAUGACAGUGCUGAAGUGGCUGCAAGACCAUGGAGUGGAGGACUGCCGGACUGUCACCACCCUCGACUUCCUGGAGUGUCACCUGCCUGCGAGUAUGGCUGAGCUCCUGCUCCCUGGGGCUGAGUUCCACCGGUAUGUGCAUGGCCAGCGCAGCCUGGUGCGGUCCCCACUGCCCUACACUGUCCCCCCGGAGCUGGCGGAGCACCUGGACUUUGUGGGUGGGAUGCACCGGUUCCCUGUGGAGCACACGGUCAGCAGAGCCGAGGCCAGGAAGGACGUGGGGUCAGCGGGAGCGUCGUUCCACCUGGGUGUGACGCCGGCCAUCCUGCGCCAGAGAUACAACAUGACAGGGGGGGACGUGGGGCUCCUGCCCAACAACAGCCAGGCCUGUGCACAGUUCCUGGAGCAGUACUUCCACCAGGCCGACCUGGCUGAGUUCAUGCAGCUCUUCGGCAGCAGCUUUGCCCACCGCACGCAAGUGGACCGGGUAGUGGGGCACCAGGGCCAUGGCAAGGCCGGGCUGGAGGCCAGCCUGGAUGUGGAGUACAUCAUGAGCACGGGUGCCAAUAUCUCCACCUGGGUCUUUAGCAAUGCAGGAAGGCAUGAGAGCCAGGAGCCCUUCCUGGCCUGGCUGCUGCUGCUCAGCAACAUGUCAGCGGUGCCGUGGGUGCACUCGGUGAGCUACGGGGAUGACGAGGACAGCCUGUCCCUCGCCUACAUGGAGCGCGUCAACGCCGAGUUCAUGAAGGCGGCGGCGCGCGGCCUCACUGUCCUGUUCGCCUCAGGUGACGACGGUGCCGGGUGCCGGCGGGUGCACAGUGGGAACCACACGUUCCGGCCCAGCUUCCCAGCCUCCAGCCCCUAUGUCACCACUGUGGGCGGCACAUCCUUCAAGAACCCCUUCCUGGUGACGGAGGAGGUGACGGAUUACAUCAGUGGGGGCGGCUUCAGCAACAUCUUCCCCAUGCCUGGGUACCAGGCUGCUGCCGUCGGGCGUUUCCUGCACUCAGCCUCGAAGCUGCCGCCCAGCUCGUACUACAACAGCAGUGGCCGCGCGUACCCCGACCUGGCCGCCCUCUCUGACAACUACUGGGUGGUGACAAACCGCAUCCCGCUGCCCUGGGUGUCGGGGACCUCGGCGUCCACGCCGGUGGUGGCGGGCAUGGUGGCGCUGAUCAACGACCGGCGGCUGCAGCGGGGCCUGGCGCCCCUCGGCUUCCUCAACCCCGCGCUCUACCAGCUGCAGGAGCGGGGCCUCGGUGCUGCCUUCUACGAUGUCACCCAGGGCUGCCACCUGUCUUGCCUGGACGGCACUGUGCAGGGCCAGGGCUUCUGCGCUGGCCCUGCCUGGGACCCUGUCACCGGCUGGGGCACCCCUAACUUCCCAAGCCUGCUGCGGGCGCUGCUGCUGCCCUGACCGGGACGCCAGGACACGGAGACUGGGACACUGGGACAGCGGGAUCGGGACACGGGGACUGGGACAGGAGGACAGGAACAGCAGAGCACCAAGAUCGGGACAUCGGCACUGGGACAGCGGCACACCGGGCCUGGGACACUGGGACAGCAGGAUCGGGA